AUGGCAACCACAGCACUUGCUCUAGUCCGUAGCAGCUCCCUUACGGAAGCCCGCUCGGAAUCAGCAGUGCUAGAACUCCAAUCCACAGCCACAGCCCCUCGCAAUGCGUCCUCAACUUCCGAAGUCAACCACCGCCCAACCGCCUCCGCGACCACAACACCCACACACACAAAUCCAGAAGAAAUCCACGACCAGACCUCGCGCCUCCCCCUCCGCAAACUCCUAACCGCCUACUCCUGCCUCGCCGCCGUCUACUUCAUCUCCUCCCUCGACAUCAACGCCGCCGCCAAUGCCCUGCCCGCGAUAUCGCGCUCGCUCAACGCCGGCACCAGCAUCACCUGGGCCGGCGCCUCCUACCUAAUGGGCCAGACAGCCUUCCAGCCCCUCUACGGCCGCCUGUCCGACAUCCUCGGCCGAAAACCACUCCUCCUCGCCUGCAUCGCCAUCCUCAUCCUCGGCGACCUCCUCUGCGGCUUCGCCCAGUCCGCGCCCUGGCUCUACGCCUGCCGCGCUUUCGCCGGCGUCGGCGGCGGCGGCAUCAGCUCGCUGGUGCAGAUCAUCGUGAGCGACCUCGUCAGUCUGCGGGACCGGGGCAAGUAUCAAGGCCUGUUGAGCGGCGCCAUCGGGCUGGGGUCGAGCACGGGGCCUUUCCUGGCGGCGGCCAUGGUGGCGAGGGGGGAGGGCGGGUGGAGGUGGAUUUUCUGGACGCCGUCGCUGAUGGCGGGGGUGUGUGCGGCGGCGAUGGUGGGGGUGUUGCCGUUGAAGAAAGUGCAGGGCGGGUGGAGGGAGAAGGUGAGGAAGGUAGAUUGGUGGGGGCUGGGGGCGGGGGUGGUGGGGGUGUUGUUCGUGUUGAUCCCCAUCAACUCCGGCGGCAGCACCUGGCCAUGGAACAGCGCGCUCGUCAUCUCGAUGCUCGUCGUCGGCGCCUUCUCGCUCGCCCUCUUCGUCGUCGUGGAGAAGCGCUUCGCCGCGCUGCCCAUGAUCCCGCCGCGCCUCUUCGCCCGCCGCGCCACCACCGUCAUAUACCUCCAGAGCGCCCUGUACAACGCCGUCUGGCAGAUCGACAUGUACUUCCUCCCCGUCUACUUCCAGGACGUGCGCGGCUUCGCGCCGUUGCAGAGCGCGACCCUCGUCUUACCGCUGCUGCUGCUCCAGAGCGUCGCCGGCGUCCUUUCCGGACCGCUGAUGACCAAGCUCGCCCGGUACGGCCCGGUCCUCUACACCGGCAUGGCGCUCUGGCUCCUCGGCGCCGUCCUCAAGCUCGCCCUCUUCACCCGCACCACCCCCAUCAGCCUCUACAUCACCACCCUCGUCAUCGAAGGCACCGGCAUCGGCUUCGUCCUGCAACCAGCCCUCGUCGCCCUCCAAACCCUCACCAUCCCCCCCACCGACCGCGCCGUCGCCACCUCCACCCGCAACCUCGCCCGCGCCCUCGGCUCCGUCCUCGGCGUCGCCACCGCCACAGCUCUACAGAACGGCGUCAUGCGUGGAGCAUUAUCAAGCAACCUUCCUCAAAACAUACGCGCGCGAGUCUUGGAUGGGACGUGGCAACGGCCGGGUGAUACUGAUGGGGAUGGGGAUGCUGCUGGUGCGUUGUGGGUCGACGCCGUGCUGGAGGCGAAGAUGAGGGGGGUCAGGGCGGUGUUUGCGAUGCUCGUGCCGGUGAUGGCGGCGUGUGUGGUGGGGUUGGGGUGGGUGCCGGAUGGGGUGUUGAGCGGGGAUGAUCGAGGGGGGGUAGGGGAGGUGCGGCGGAGGGAGCGAGGGGAGGGCGAGGGGAGGGAUGCGUGA